AUGGGGAUGCUGGGAAAGGGCUCUGCUGCCCCUUCCCUAGCUUAGCUGUGUCUCCUCUUGUCCCUGCCCUGGGGCUUCUCCCAAGGGGCAGUGCCAGGGUCAGGAUCCCCCAGGUCUCCUCACCAUAUGGCUGUGGGCUGGGGGUUCCUGCUUCGCCCAGGGCUGCGAUGCCAGGGCUCAUUCCGUGGUGCUGGGGCCCCAUCCCUGCCCGGUGCCAGCGCAGGAGCCAAGCACACACCCUACAGGGGUGUGGUGGCUCCCGGCUCCCCAGCCGUCACCCGUGGACUUUGUCUCAGCCCCGCGGUAAAACAGGCUCCACUCUCCUGCCCGGAAACGCAGAGCUGCUGGCAGCUGCACCGCAGCCACUGUCCCCAGGCCAGCCAGUGCCAGAGCCACCAGCCCACAGAGUGGGCUUGGGGACACCAAGGGGCUGGGCAGAGGGUCCUGCCCCGUGUCCCCUCAAGGGCGGCCUCGACGCUGAGCAGCAUCCCCGGUCCCGGUUGAGGCUGGCGGAGGAGUGACCGUCAACACAGCCCCGGAGAUGGACAGGGUCACCAGGCACCUGGUCUUCCAGCUCCCGCAGACCUCGCAGCGGCUCGAUGGCGGCGACGCCGCCCCGGCCGGCUCGCUCGCGGCGCACAGGGCUGACAGCGACGACGACGUGUUUGGCUCCGCUCGACACAGCAGCCACAGGGUGGAAAACGGCUACAGCUGGAAAACAAGGGCCAAGUCACCCUCGAAUUUCCUGGACGGUGGAAAAGAUGUCUGGACCCCAUCACCGGACAGGGAGUCCAAGCUGGAGGUGGUGAGGUCGGGAAGCUUGUACGACCUCAGGGCUUACAGAGGCGAGAGGAAGCCCUCGAAGCUUUACGAUGAGGAUGAGCAGGAACAGCCCAGGGUCCCCCCACCCAACAUCUCACCCGAGAAAGCCAGGGAGCUGGAGGACGAGCGGAAGGAGAUCAUCCGGAGCCAGGCGCUGAGGAAGAGCUCCACCACGGCUGAGCGCUGGAGCUCCCUGGACGAGCUGAGCUCCAUCGCCGCUGGCUCAGGUGAGAGCAAGAGCACAAGGAGCUUCACCACCAGCUUCUCCCUUCACUUCGACAAGUCUCCCUCGGGGAGGGCAGCGACGCCUGUCGACCCUGAAAACAUUGACACGGAGCAGAUCAACUUCUCUGCUGCUCGGCAACAGUUCCUGAUGCUGGAAAAGACCAGCCCAGGCAAUUUCUUCAGCCCAGGGCAACAGCCCAUGUCUCCAAAGCCAGAGUCAAUGACAAAAGUCUCUCGGCAAGAGUGGCAGAGCCCCGAGAUGGCCACGAAGGCUGCAAGAGGUUAUGGUAAUGCCAGUCCAUCCAGCCAGAGCAGGACGGACAAGGCCGUGUAUCAGGUUUACAGUGUGUCCUACAAGACACCCGUGAAGGAGGAGGUUUAUGCUCCCAGAAGGGCUGAUACUGACAGGUCAUAUUCCACCAGGAAAACCUCCGGCUUGACCAAAGCAUCUUCCCGAGAGGACCUGGACUCUGGCUUGGGUGAGAUGUAUAAUGAAAGCAAUGCAGGCUAUGCCAGCGAUGGCAGCAUGUCCAACGAGGUCUUCAACGGCAUCGUGGAGCUGAAGACCAGCAGCAAUGGCCUGGACAAGGAGACAAAGAUCAGCAAUGAGACACCCAUUGAGCGGGAGAUCCGCAUGGCGAUGGAGAGGGAGGAGAACCUGUGGAAGGAGCGGGGGAUCCAGCGGCUGACCUCCAGCAGCGAGCUGGUGGAGAUCCAGACCAAACCGCUGCUCUCCAUGCACAGCUCCCCUGGCCCCGGCAGGAAAGGGAAGGACAAAGGCCGCGCUUCCCUUUACGUCCGGAGGGAAAUCGAGCAGGAAACCAAACGCGAGGAAGAUCUGAAGAGGCAAGGGAGGCUGCUGGGGACAUACGACAGGGGGACACAGCAGGAGCUGGAUGAGCGCAGGAGGGUGUUCGAGCAGGAGGACGCGGCCCCGCAGGCGCCCACCCCGGCCAGGAGGGCAGACGAGUGGCGGAGCUGGGUCACCGAGUCAGCAGCAGAGCAGCCCCCGAGCCACGGUCCCCACGCUGCAGAAGACACCAAGGGUGGGAGAGGCCUCCCCAGCUACGCAGUGAGCACCGUGCGCUUCCAGGCGUCCCUACCGCGUUUCACCGCCAGCGAGAAGAGCCGGGAGCAGGUGCCGCUGUCCCAGCGCGGUGCCACCAGCGCCAGCACACAGGGCGGCGAGGAUUCCCGGGGAGGAAGGCUCCCCAGCUCCACGCCGAGCUCCGGCGUGGCCGUCCUGCCCAGGGAGUACUUCUCCCUGCCCUUCUGGAAGCCAAAGCUCUCCUUCGUGGAUGACAUGGGGACACCGCAGCCGCUGCGGAGGGAGGACGGCCGGGAGGACCAGUACCGGCUCCGGACCUGGAAGCCGCAGACGUCGGCACUGAUCGAGGAGGAGAUCCGGAGCGACCUGCAGCGGGAAGAGGAGCUGCAGGAGCAGCGGCGGCGGCGGCAGCUGCUGGAUGGGGACUCCCAGGUUGGCGGGGACGGUGUUCACCAGGACGGCUCCCGCUCCCGGCACAGCUCCGCUGCCUCAGGUGUCAGUGGCAGCUACUCCAUGUCCGGGUCCCCCGUGGCCGCUCCUGCCCCGCACCAGGCGGGGAUCCUGGGGCUGAUCUCAUCCUUCACCCCGCUGAGAAUGGCCGGUCCCUCCCAGGGCAGCACGGAGACCCUCGACCCCGACUCGGCUCGUUCCAGCCCCUUCGAAGAGCGGAGGAGGAGGGUGAAGGAGGAAGGAAAGUACGCAGGCAUUGAACCCGUUGACAAGAUCAACACGGAGGUUGUGGAGAGCACCAGGGUGACUCGUCACAAGAGCGCCAUGGCCCAGCGCUGGGAGGCCGGGCAGUACAUCAGGGACGAGGACUGAGGGGCCCGCGGGGCCACCGGACUUGGCCGCGUCCCUCCCUGUUUGGCACCGACUGACCCGUGAUUGAAAUACCUGAUCAGUUCAGCUCCUGGUUAUCAUCAGAAUCAGAGACUUGUACACUGCAUAUCACAUUCAUGCUUAGUACAACAGACAAUCCUUCCAAUGCGUUAGAUCUGCUCCUUCGUUCCCCCUUCCCUUUGAGGUGAGGUAAUAGGUUGUGUUUUUUUCUUAAGAGGGGAAAAAUUGGAUCACUUUCUUUUAAUCAUUUCUGCGAGGAGACAGCCGGAUUAAAUCAUACGGUAAUUUAACUUCUUUCUCAUGGGAAGCUGUGUCUCUGGCUUACAAAAAAGCUAUUUCAUUUCUAAGAGUUUUUAAGUAUGACACCAUCAGGCGUCACCCAGCAGGGACACCUUGACUGACGGACACCCCGGGAUCAAAAUCACCAUCAAAGUGAGCAACGAAUGUCCCUGCUUAACCCAUGUGAUUUGCUGGGAUGCAGUAAUAUAAUAUACAUAUAUAUAUAUAUAAAUGCUGUUUAUUUUGCUAAUUUAUUAAAGAGUCAGUGCUUUCCCUCGUU